AUGAUACCCUCCAUUCGCAUUCAUAUCGCCGUUCUCGUGUGUGACACGCCUAUCCAGCCUAUUCUCAGAAAGUAUGGCGACUACUUUUCAAUAUUCCAAGACCUUUUGAGGAAAGCCUUGAAAGACUUGGAAAUAUCCGAGAAGUUCAAAGAUAUUAUGGUGGAAUUUAGUGAACAUCAGAUGGUGGACAACAACCGAUUUCUUGAUCUAGAGGACGUCGACGCCAUUCUUCUGACUGGAAGUAAACACGACGCCUGGGCUGAUGACCAGUGGAUCCGUGACCUCACCGGCAACGUUCGUGAGACUGUUUUAAAACACGAAAAGCCGGUGAUUGGGAUUUGCUUUGGGCAUCAGAUUCUUGCUCGGGCACUAGGGGCUCGAGUUGGCAGAAACGAAGCUGGAUGGGAGAUUUCUGUCGAGAAGCUCACCCUGACUGAGACCGGGAAGAAACUAUUUGGAAAGGAUACACUGGCAAGUGGAGAAACAUCUGGACAAGCUCGGUUGAGGGAAAUUCUGAUUGGAUACAGAGCAUUCAACAAAUGCACCGGGAUAUUGUCUUUGAUGUUCCAAUCGGUUGCGCAAACCUGGCUACAAGUCCAAAAUGUGAAGUCCAGGGUCUUUACUUGCCCAAUCGAGUGCUGUCGGUACAAGGACACCCGGAAUACAACGAGGCUAUAA